UUUACGUAUGAAGAUAAAAAUUAUAAUUCACAGGGCGAUAUUACAUAUUGACGAAUGAGAUUAAACUCUAUCUUAAUCAACAACAUAGCUUGAUUAAGUUAACAUUAUAUCAGCGUUCGUCUAUUGUUAAAAUAUUGAUUUUCAUAAACAAAACGCGUUGAAUAAAAUAUAUAAAUGAUAAAGGACAAUAAGGAUUUAUUAUGUAUGCGGUAAAGUUAUGAAGACAUAAAAGGAUCGCACUUUUCUGCUUUGUGUCCUCUUCAACAAAUGACUCGCCAUGAUUUUUAGAUUACUGAUAUCAAUAGCUGUUUUCCACUUUGCACACGGUAUAAGUUUAAGUUGUGUUCCUGGUGUGCCUAAAUAUCAAUCUUCUAUGACAUGCACCUGCACAAAUCCAACAAAAAAUGGUGUUGAAUGGCGACGCAACUCGCAAAUUGUUACUACAUGUUCAGGGACUGUAGACGAUUGCUUCCCGCCUUCCUUAGAAUACACGUCAUCUGUUUCUAGUAAUGAAUUUUACUCGGAAGUCAGCCCAUACUCAUACACAGAUUGUGCAACAUAUAGUUGCAGAGACCUAAGCACAGGCGAAGAAGUUUCUACCACAACCUCGAUAGCAGACUUUGACCAAACUAGUAUUACAGCAGAGGAACCUGGAGCUAAUACAAAUGGCCAAGUAAAGGUCAUUACAGGAUGUGUUUUCCCAACGAAUGACAUAACUGUUACGUGGUACAAGAUUGAG